AAUAACCUAAGCUGUUACCAGAUGCAGUAGAUGCUGCAGUAAUACGACAUCCAUUGAUCUCUAGCUCAGUCAUCCGUGGCUUUACAAGGAUCUCAUCAUGGAUGCCCAGGACGAUACAUGCAUUCUGAUGCCGUCGACUGCCGCGAUUCCUACCUACGAGUACACUUCCAAGGCUAUGGUACUACCUGGUAGGAGGAGUAGGAGCUGGGCACACACAUCUCAGCAUACCCGGAUUCCCUAGCUGCAGAAACUCGACUCUGAAUCACACCACAACACCAUGAUGAGGUAGCAAUGGCAAAGUCUCCCACAUUCCGGCAUGGGGCGCGAUGAACCACCAAGGUUCUUACACAUAUGACGGAUCAGUCACAGUGGAACAGUACGAUCCCUCGCAAUGCUCGCAUUACUCCAACCUCUGUUACGACGCACGCACACGCACACGCACCACUUCUACUCUAAGUAGGUGGCAAAUCGAGGUCCCAUGUCGAUGUCGGCCAAGCCAAGCAAUGAUGAGAGCAUGCACAGCCGACGUGGAACUAAGUAACUGGAACGGAGCAGAUGCUGGUCCUCCGGAAGCUUUUCUGCAACAACUUUAUCGGAAGAUAACCACCCUUAAUGCGACAACCCAUCGUUUACCGACAAGAGAGAUUUUGCAUCAAUCAUUGGUUACCGCUCCUUGUCAAAAAAGCAAUCAACUAGGCUCCACGGAGAACUUCGUACAGACGGAGUGCUUGCCGCCCGAUUCCAUGUCAGUACAGGCACUGGCUAGCUGGCGGCACCUACUUUUAAUGCAGACCGAUGCUACGUGUUUCGACCGGCUUGCACUCGAUCCUCAGACCGGCUGCACCUCAGAAGCACUGAGGAGCAGAAAGGGAACAGGCUCGGCCGAACCAAAGUGGACCGCCUGGUGCAGUAACUACGACUAAUACGAUCCUACCAGGUAGUAAGUUGGGCGGACACCGGGGAUCUAUCCUUGACGUGAGCUGCUUCAUAUCUCGGCGAUGCUUAUAAUCGAACAAGUACUAGGUACGGACGUGUUAUAUAUAAGUGCCCUGGAAUAUGUACACACAGCUCCGCCCGUACCUAUCAGAUGGCCCUCUGCUGCCGAGAAGGAACAAGGAGACAAGGGGGAAACGGCUCCAUGUGUCGGGACAGGUUCCCAUCAAAAUUGCAUCCUUGUUGUUGGUGUUGUUGCUGCUGCACGGAACGGGCAUGUGCAGGUAACUGGUCAAUCUAAUAAGUACCUAACCUUGCCAUGCACACAAACCGAGGGGUCUUGCACUACGGAAUAC